UCAAGUAAAAGAGAAAGGUGACAUGCCCUUGCCUCAGUUGAACACACACAACAAAAGGACGCCAGUCCUAGCUCCUAGCUCCUAAGUCUAUCCCAAUAUGGAGGACACUGGGACCACAGAAAGCAUGACCACAAUGGACUCAAGCACUACAGAGUAUGAUUAUGAUUCGGGGCCGUGUGACACCAAGAUGUCUGUCCUGAACCCAGCUGUCAUGUCCGCACUCUUCUACCUGGUCUUUGCCCUGGGUCUGCUUGGCAACUGCAUAGUCCUGUGGGUCCUCCUGAAGGUGAUGCACCUGAAGAGCAUGACUGAUGUGUGCUUGCUCAACCUGGCGCUGUCCGACCUGCUGACCGUCCUGUCCCUGCCUUCAUGGGCACUUUACAACCAGGGUCAUCACUUAGGUGCCGACGCCGUCUGCAAAGCCAUGGCAGGAACCUAUCACCUGGGCUUCUACAGUGGGAUCCUCUUCGUGACAUUGAUGAGCAUAGACCGCUACCUGGCCAUUGUUCAUGCCGUGGCAGCUAUGAGGACAAGAACGCUACGCUAUGGAGUGGCCGUCAGCCUUGUGAUCUGGACAAUCUCCUUCUGUGCUGUGCUGCCAGAGGCCAUUUUCGCCGGUAUGGUCUCAGAGGAUAACACAACGCAGUGCCAGAGGAUAUACCCGGAAGAGUCGGCCAGAACAUGGAAGCUGUUCCGCAAUUUUGGUGAAAAUACAGUAGGCCUCUUCAUCUCCUUGCCCAUCACGGUCUAUUGCUACGUCCGGAUUCUACUGGUGCUGAGGAAGACAAAGAAUUCCAAAAGAGGUCGAGCUAUGAAGUUGAUCUUUGCUAUCGUCAGCGUCUUUGUGGUCUUCUGGGUGCCGUAUAAUGUGGCCGUAUUCCUGCAGACCCUGGAGCAGCUGGAAAUCUUGCAGUCAUGCGAGGCCAGUCAGCAGAUCAAUGUGGCCUUGGAGCUGACUGAAACCAUCGCGCUAGUCCACUGCUGUGUGAAUCCAGUGAUCUACGCCUUUGUCGGAGAAAAGUUUAGGAAAUGUGUGGCAAAGUAUCUACUCCGUAUCAAGCUCUACCAGACCACAUCAAUUCAGUCGAAAGCCUCGGAGAACGAAACAUCCAACACACCUUUGUAAGAGACCUGUGUUGGACUUCUACCUAUAUAUAUUUUUCAUUUCCUUAGUUAUAGACUCUUUAAAAGGAUGAUUUUUGGACUAGACUGCACAUAAUCAGUUUUGUUGCAAGCUCGACUAGAGUCUCAGUCUCCGAGCUGAGGCUGAGGCGAGUAUCAAGUCACUUUCAAGCUUGAGGACGGACAGGAAUGUAUUAGAGGACAUGAUAAUGAUCAUUGUAAUAAUAGUUUUCUGUAUAGUUUGUAUUACUACUCAAAAAAGUCCACUCUACGUUACUUCAUCACUGCUGCACUCACAUAUGAGGGCUAUGAGUGCCAAGAAUUACAAAUCAGUGAUGGUAGGACUCAUUUUUAAGACUCAUCUUUAAGACUCAAUUCCAGAAAUCAUACUCACACUUUAAACUCAAUUGUAACUCCAGGAAUCAAGCCACACCAUUUUAGCUCAUUAAAAAAAACCCUGACCAUGCUAGGAGGACAGUCCCUCUUUCCACCCACUUGUGCAACUAAGGGAAGGCCAGACAUUUUCUUAGUUAUCUAACACAUCCUGCACAUGGCUUAAAGGCUACUUUGCUUUUUAUUACUGCCAUUUGCAUGUUAUUACUGCCAUCACAGUGGCAUUCAUAAAAUGUAACUAAAGCAAAAGCUUACGCCCAGUGUUUUAGCUACUUCACAAUACGUGAAAGACAAAGACCUUUAGCAAACACAGUGCCCUGCCAGGCCAGGUUUUCUUAAAGAUAGAUCUUGCCAGGGCACUGUGUUUGCUAAAGGUCUCUGCAACGUAAACAAAAAGUGCAAAGAGGGGUACACAAGAGUCAAAUCCCACCUACAGGUUAACACAGAGCCUCAAAUGACGUAAUGUUACCACAAGAGGUAGUAAGGAAGUCCCACCAGACCACAAGACGCUCAACUUCACAAGGAGAAAGUGUAAAUAUGCUGAUUGGAUUAGUGCAAGAUUACUGUGGAUUAAAGAACUGACAGAGAAAGAAUAGAGCCUCUCUCAUCACCACAGCUAGAAUCAGGCCACAUCUGCGUUUGUUAAAUAUGGGCUUCAUCAGAAAUUUAUGUUGUAAAUAGACUGCUAAACUGGCACACUAGAAAGGUUACUGUGUCUGGAACUGUAGUUUGAAACUAUAUUAUACUUCAAUUAGUAGACGAAAGCCACCUGCAUCCCAAACCACAUCCGGUCAAAACGCAACAUGUGUGAUGCUAUGCCAUCAUUCUAAAGGACAGAACAUACAGGAUUAUAACUUGAGUUAUGUUGUAAACUUGGCAAUAUGUGUACAUUUUGCAUAAUAUGUAUCAUGUAACAUGUUGUUCAUGAUCACAAGUGAAAAGUUCUGUGGUGUUCUGAAAAUUUCCACACUCGCCUAAAUGCAGAACUACAGAAGCAGGAGAACAGCGUGCAAUGCUAUUGUAAAUAUGUACGUAGUAUGUGGAACUCGACUUCGGACGGAGUGAUGGAAACUGCAGCUAAGACAAACAUGUAAAUGAAAUGAAAGCUUCUGAGGUCACAGUUCCUCAGAAAGACUGGUUGCACAUUUCUUUUUAUGCUAUAAGAUGGAAAUUUUCCCCAAGACCUGGAAAGUAUGAUCUUUGCAGCACUGAAAGUACCAGUUCUGCAUCUUUUGUUCCUAAAACUGCGUUCCUAAGAGAGACAUUGUUUACUUCAUCAUUACGCAGACUUCAACGAUAUAACUGAACCCGACUUGAGUUUUAAAAAAUAAUAAAAUCUAAUUUUCCUAAAGACAUAUUCUUACUGCAUUA